AUUUGUUCAGCAGUUGUCAAACUUGACCCAUCGAAUCGAAGCCUCUCGAUAAUUGGGCGAAGUAGAAUGGCUGGCAAUCUCCAUCCUACCCUGCUAGUGGUCGCCGGGGUCAGUGGAACUGGGAAGAGCACAUUUGGGUCAGAACUAGCCAAGCGUUUAGACGUCCCAUUCUUGGAUGGAGACGAUUUACACCCACCAAGCAACAUUGAGAAAAUGAAAUCGGGUGUACCCCUAGACGAUUCGGAUCGAGAGCCGUGGUUGCACGUUAUUCGGGCUAAGGCAAUCGAGAUCGUCGAGCGUCCAAGCUCAAGAAAAUCACCACCGCCAGUGAUCGUAAUUGCUUGUUCGGCGUUGAAACGAAAGUAUCGCGAUUUGCUGCGUGGUCCCCCAGAAAUCGACGCCGGUCUGUCGCAAGCAGCUGUAUCCAAUUGUCAAGUGGAUUUUAUUUAUCUGAAGGGUCAGCCCGAGCUGAUCAGACAGCGACUGGAAGAUCGGGAAGACCAUUUCGUCGGCAGCAGCAUCUUGGCCUCUCAAUUGGCAACCUUACAGGAACCUGAUCCUGACCAAGAAAACUCCAACCACAGCAAGACUAUUGUCAUCCCAUUGUCCUCCGACGAUCAUCAACCGCGAUCGGUGGUCGAAAUGGUCAAUGAAGCGUUACAAGAACUUGCAAAUUCGACUCGAUUACCAAUAGUGCGAUCUCAGAUACCCAUCCAACUGCCUACUCUACAAAGCCUUUUAGAUUCUGAGUCGGCCCAGCUCAAAGAUGUACUCGCGUUACUAUUCGAAGUCUCCGAUUCAAUCGAACAUAAACUCAUUCCUGUCUUACGAGAGGAAAUCCAAGAGAAAUCCCCAAACUCAUACUCUGAACUCAUCGAUCACUGUCAGCACAUCGUCGAAAAUCGCUUCAGUUGCGACGAGCAAGUCAAUUUCUUGGCAAGUCAUCCACGAAUCGGCGAGCUCAAGGGGCUGAGUAAAUUCAGCUCUAAGGAACAAGGCAAUCAAACUGAUCCAGCAAUACUGGCCCGUUUGGAAGAACUCAACAUUCUGUACGAGCAAACCUAUCCUGGCUUACGAUAUGUGACUUUUGUGAAUGGAAGAAGCAGGGCGGAGAUCGUGAAGGAGAUGGAAGAUCUAUUGACCAAAGAAGAAAGACCAACCACUGAAGUCCAUUUGCAAGACAAAGAAUGGCAAGCAGAAUUGAAGAGGGGGAUAGGAGAUGUCUUCAAAAUCGCUCAGAGCCGCUUAAAAUCUAUGACCGAAGCAUCAAGCUCCUGAUAAUGUAAUAAUUAAAACUAGUAAUUAAAGAUCCCUGUAUUGUUACAAGUAUAUGUCCUCCAUACAAGAACAUAACUCGACGAUUUUCACCCAUCUACCUGAUCAAAAUAAACAUCCUUCCCACUCACCCUUAAAAACGC